AUGCAAGUGCAAGACAUGUCAAAAAUUGUUACCCUGCCGGCGGACUUGGCGAGACCGAACUCGACCAUGACGGUACAUGACGCACGCCUCAACGCGAGGGUCGACUCCAUGCUUGAAGAAGGCUUGAUCGAUGAACUCCUGAACUUUCACGACAGGCACAAUAAACAGAGGAUAGAAGAUGGCAAACCGCCAGACUACACAAAAGGCAUCUUCCAAACUCUUGGUUUCAAAGAAUUCCACGAAUACUUGAUGUUACCACCGGAAAAGAAGGAUAGUGAAGAAGGCAAGAAGCUUCUAGAAGAAAGCAUCUCUAAUAUGAAAAUGGGUACGAGAAGAUAUGCAAGGCGACAAAACAAAAUGGUCAAAAGCAGGUUUUUAGAACAUCCUACUAGAGAGAUCCCGCCAAUAUAUGAAUUGGACACGACAGACUUAACCAAAUGGGACGAUGAGGUCAAAUAUAAAGCAAUUCAUAUUAUAGAAAGCUUUGUAAAUAAAACCCAAUGUCAGUACGAGAGUUUGAAAUCUAAUGUUUCCGAUGAAAAGACAAAUAUAAAUAGUCAUUCAAGCAACUACUGCAGUGUUUGUGAGAGACUCAUUAUUGGGGACAAAGAGUAUUUGAUUCAUAUGAAUUCACAUAAACAUAAACGUGCAUUGAAGAGCAAACAAAGGCGAGCUCAACUAGCUGAAAAAGAAGAAAGAUGUGAA